GAUAAUCAUUCCAAAAUGGCGGCUCCAUUUAUCAAAAGAUUUUUUCAGUCUUUACCAAGCAGUAGAUUUUUAGGAACUGUGAGAGAUCUAAAUUGCUCUACCAAGCAUCAGUUAAAUCCCGCAGAAACAGGGAGGAGAUCGCCCAAAACUGCCUUUUUUCUUGGUUUUGGACUUGCUGGUUUAUUGGGAUUUUCCGGAAUUUUGUAUGGAAAGAAACAAAGAAAGACAUCGCGAAUUGAGGCCUCGUUCGUCGAAAAGAAAAGCGAAGAAAAGGAAAAUAACUCUCCACUUCAAAUAUCCACCAAAAGUGAAGAAAAUAUCUAUGACCACUCAUCUUGGACCAUUCAAUCUGCCAUAGAGGAAUCACGAUAUAUCAUAAAAUGUAUGAAGGAAGAAAUUGGUUGCCCUGGAGUUUGUAUAGCUGUUAGCCUGGAUGGAAAAACUGUUUGGAGUGAAGGAUUUGGCUUUGCAGAUGUAGAGAAUAGAGUGUUGUGUACCAGUAAAACUGUCAUGCGAAUUGCAAGUAUCAGUAAGCCUAUUACUGCAACAGCUGUAGCCAAGCUGUGGGAAGAAGGCAAGUUAGACCUUGAUGCACCAAUCCAAAAAUAUGUCACAUCAUUUCCUGAGAAAUCUUUUAGAGGCUCCCCAGUCACACUUACAACCAGACACUUAUUGUCUCACCUUGGUGGAAUAAGACAUUACCAAAAACCCACAACAUCCAGCGAAGAAAACAAGACAGAGAAAGAGAAGAAAGUUACAGUGAGUGGUGGUUGCACUUGUAGACAACAAGGUGAUUCACAGUUUGAAGAAUUCACCAUUACAAAUCAGUUUCUGAGGCAAUAGCCAUGUUUAAAGAUGACCCACUCCUAUCCAGUCCUGGUGCAAGUUAUUUAUACACCACCCAUGGUUGGACCUUACUAAGUGCUGUUGUUGAGAGCAUAUCUGGACAAGACUUUCUUCUGUAUAUGAAAAAACUGUUUAAAGAUCUGGGCAUGGAAAACACACGCGCUGAAUUCAAUGAUACAAUUAUUCUGAACAGAGCAAGAUUUUAUCAACGCAAUUGUAAAGGACGUCUUAUGAAUGCACCAUAUGUAGACAACUCCUACAAGUGGGCAGGCGGAGGUUUCCUGUCUACUGUGAAAGAUCUGAUCCAAUUUGGGAAUUCUUUGCUUUAUGCCAAACAGAUAGGAGAGGUGGACAGAAAGGAAGCAUCUGGCUAUCUUCCUGGAUUUCUUAAACCUCAUACUGUAACUGAACUCUGGAAAAUUGUGGCUAACACAGAAGGUCAAGGUGACAGAGAUGGUGGCUAUGGACUUGGGUGGGAGGUCAUUGCAGAAAAACAGGAGUUUGGAUGCUGCUCACAUCAAUCAGAAUGUGUAUUUCAUGAUGGGGCAGCAGUUGGAGCAAGCAGCAUAUUGAUGAUAAGACCGCAACAAGCUCACACAAAACCUCCGAAAGGAGUGGUCAUUGCAAUACUGGUGAACCUUCAAGGAGUAAAUCUUCAAAAAACUGCAGUGGCUGUAGCCCAAUGCUUUGAGAGAACUCAGCAGUAAUUGUCACUGCAGUAAAUUCCAUUGCUUGGUAAUGGCUGAUGACAUAUGAUGUUGCAGUUUGUCCUUAAGAUUUUAUUGACAACAAAGAGUAUAAGAAUGAUGAAAUAUAUACAUAAUAAUUAUACUUUGUUACAACUAUUAUGACAUAAUUUAUUUUGUGAAAAUGAUGUUAUUGAUCGAAAAUGAAAAAAAUUGAAAUAACUGAGGUGUAAAUCUUUUGAAUGGUAGCCUUUGUAAUAACUGCAUCCUGUCCUUUCUCCUCACAUUAAGAUAAUAACCGAAAAUGUAUUUUCACACCACUAAUAAAUCUUCCAAUUUUUUAACAUUUUAAUAUUUUUAACCAAAAGGUAAGGAAAUCACUAAAAAUAUUUGACCCUGUACUUUAGGUAUUUGAUAAGUUUUAAGAGAUCAUUAUUGUACACAUGUGGAGUUGAAACUUGUGUUCUUCACUAAAUAAAAUAAAUUGAUACAUCAAAAA